AAUACUGGAACUCAAGAGAAACUAAAGAGCAACUACACAAGACACAAGUGAACACAAUGGGUUACUAAGGGAGAGACUAAUUAACCCCAAACAAGAACUGAUAAUGACUUCAACAAUAAACACAAAACUGAAAGCAACUUUGAAAACUAAAUAUAAUCCUGAGAGUGGUGGGGAAGUUCUUGGCAAAAACAGAAAUAUUCUGCAUUUUAGUCAUUGGACAUUACGAGGGAAAACCUCAAAACUACUAAUAUAAUGAACAAAUCAUUUUCAACAAUAAAAUUUAACCAAAAAAAUCAGCAAAAACCCACAAAAGUUUCACUUCAUUAUUUAACUGUUGUGCAAAUGUUCAAUCAUGUGACCUUUGUGUGGGUUUGUCGUUAGUCUGAUUUUCCUGUUUGAUGUGUCACAUGUGAAACUUGGCUGACAUCACUGGUAUGGCAGGUUUUUCUUUUAACUAAACCCAUGCUCAUUUAUUCUGUAUGCCUGUACAACAGCGCUCAUGAAAAAUGCAGUAUAAUCGUGUACUUCACUUUGCCAUGGUUUUGCCUGCUUUGUUUGAAACAGUUCAUGGACAUUAUGGAUAUUUUGAAAUUCUCUGCCGUGAACUUGGCUCGCUGGAAAAUGUUGAGUUUAUCUUCUCGGUAUUCUACAACAAGGCUGAACUGAUAAGAUACAACAGCACAGAGAAUAAGGUUGUUGGUUACACUGAAUAUGCAAUGAAAUGGGCAGAUGAUUUUAAUGCAAAACCUGAGUGGCUCCAAAAGGAGAGAGAACAAAAUGUGGCAAACUGCAAGAGCUAUGGAGCACAGUAUCACGACUUGAUAGAUAAAGCAGUAAAACCAGAAGUCACUAUCCGAUCAGUAAGGCAGGCCAGUGGUAAACAACCAGCCAUGCUGAUAUGCAGCGCUUAUGAGUUUUACCCAAAACUGAUUAAAAUAUCCUGGAUGAGAGAUGGUGAGGUGAUAACUUCAGAUGUGACCUCGACUGAAGAGCUGGCUGAUGGAGACUGGUAUUAUCAGAUCCACUCCCACCUGGAAUAUUUCCCAAAACCUGGAGAGAAGAUCAGCUGUGUAGUGGAGCAUGCCAGCUCCAAUAAACCCAUCAUCUACCCAUGGGAUUCGUCUGAGUCUGAUAAGAAUAAGAUCAUUAUUGGAGCUACGGGUCUUGUGUUGGGAAUCAUCAUGGUUGUUGUAGGACUCAUCUACUAUUUAAGAAAACGCAAAGCUACAGUUCAGGACACCAGACUCACCCAACCUUUGCAGACAAUGGCUGGAGAUUGAGUGACAGACUGUAAUGCAUCAAACAUCAUCAAACCUUGGCAAAGGUCUUCAAACAAAAUAAAAAUAAACAAAUAGAAAAUAAGUAUAAGUAACCCUAUAAAAUAAGUGUUUACAACGAGUGUUUACAAGUGUUUGAAUGCGAUUUAGUGUCUGCUUGCAGAAAAUAUGUGUUUGUUGCGUCAUGUGAACCAUGUGCAUCACGUGUUUUGUCAAAAUACAUGCAAGACACUCCCUUAAGA